GGGCUGCCCUGCGCGCGGCCCUGCCCAUGUGCAGCCGGCCGGCCGGGCUCUCCUCCUCGCAGGCGGAUGGGUGACCUUUUCCUGGCACCGGCAGACUGCGCGAGGCGGCGGGGCCGGCGAUGAAGAAGCAGCAGCAGCAGCAUCCCGGCGGCGGCGCGGAUCCCUGGCCGCAUGGGGCCCCUCUGGGGGGCGCCCCUCCUGGCCCGGGCAGCUGGAAGCGCCGGGUCUCCCAGCUUCCUUUCCUGCGCUUCUCCCUCCGGGACUACGGUUUCUGCAUGGCCACCCUGCUGGUGUUCUGCUUGGGCUCCCUCUUCUAUCAGCUCAGCGGGGGACCCCCUCGCUUCCUGCUCGACCUGCGGCAGUACUUGGGAAAUUCCACUUACUUGGAUGACCAUGGACCACCUCCGAGUAAGGUGCUGCCCUUCCCGAGCCAGGUGGUGUACAACAGGGUAGGCAAGUGCGGGAGUCGCACUGUGGUCUUGCUUCUGAGAAUCUUGUCGGAGAAGCACGGAUUUAAUUUGGUCACGUCAGACAUUCACAACAAAACCAGGCUUACUAAAAAUGAACAAAUGGAACUGAUUAAAAAUAUAAGUACUGCCGAACAGCCCUAUUUAUUUACUCGACAUGUUCAUUUCCUCAACUUCUCAAGGUUUGGAGGAGACCAGCCCGUCUACAUCAACAUCAUCAGAGACCCCGUCAACCGCUUCUUGUCUAACUACUUUUUCCGUCGGUUUGGAGACUGGAGAGGGGAGCAGAAUCACAUGAUCCGCACGCCCAGCAUGCGGCAGGAGGAGCGCUACCUGGAUAUCAAUGAGUGUAUUCUCGAAAACUACCCCGAGUGCUCCAACCCCAGGCUGUUUUAUAUCAUCCCCUACUUCUGUGGACAGCACCCCAGAUGCAGGGAGCCUGGUGAGUGGGCCCUGGAAAGAGCAAAACUGAACGUGAAUGAAAACUUCCUGCUGGUGGGGAUCCUUGAAGAGUUGGAAGAUGUGCUGCUGUUACUGGAAAGAUUUUUACCUCAUUACUUCAAGGAUGUGCUCAGUAUCUACAAAGACCCAGAGCACAGGAGGCUGGGAAACAUGACUGUGACCGUGAGGAAGACCGCCCCGUCGCCCGAGGCCGUGCAGAUCCUGUACCAGCGCAUGAGGUACGAGUACGAGUUCUACCACUACGUGAAAGAGCAGUUCCACCUGCUGAAGCGCAGGUUCGGGCUGCGGUCGCAGGCCAGCGAGCCGCCGCCCAGGCCCCAGUUCUUCAUCCCGGCCCCGCUGGGCACGGAGGAGCCCGUGGGCGACGACCAGCAGGACGACGAGAAGUGGCUCGAAGAGAUUUACAAGAGGUGAUGGCGCCGGCCCGGGGCUGCUUCCCGUGGCUUCCUCUCCCUUUUCCAGAAGGAUCUUUUUGUUUGAGGAAGAAACAUCCUGAAGGGACUGAAUUAAUGCUCGGCUGCAUUAAAAGGAACAAAACAUUCCCACAGGUUGGGGUCACUGGGAAAUGCCCGGUUUUGCGGGUUUUAUUUGUUUAAUUUUAUUCUGUGUUUUUCCUGGCUCCUUGGGCCCUUCCCGGGUGCGCUAAGGUGACUCCAUCGCAAGGCAUCUCGUCAUAAAAUAGCUUUUCCCCCCCUGGUGCAGUGAGAGAAGGAGGGAAAGACAGCCCACAGCCCAGUAACUUAUCAUUUGUGAAAGGACUUGCGGAAACAUUACCUCAGUGGUAGGAGACAUCCAGACAUGUUUAUUUUGCUAGAAAUACAAAACCACUUCAGAGCCCAGGGAAUCCACUCCAGAAGGAUCGAAGAGGAGAAGGGAGGACAGGUCAGGACAUCAGAAGGGAGGAUGCCCCAGGAUUGGCGGCCCUGCCCCGUGGGUAGGUUCUGCCUCUGGUCCGUCUCAGGGGACACUUACUUGUCAUGAGCAGCACACUUGUUAUCUCUGAAGGAGCCAGUCAGCCCUGCCACCCGCCACCCGAAGCCCUGAGUCCCUCUCAAGGUCAGAGCGCGUGGCCAGCCCACUGAGACAUUCCAUGCCGAGCGCGGCUGUGGCAGAUUUCAGAGGAGCGUGGCAGGGAGGAGAGCUUGUUGGCUGGGUGAGGAAGAGGGUAGGCGACACAAACCAGCCCUGGAGGUCACGUGGCGCAGGAAAAGGUGCCGUCCUGUCCUUUGCACCCACCGCGAAAUAUUUUCUCCCAGGAACCAGUGUCGCUCUGGCAUUUAACCUGCGGUAGAAGCUCUAAGCCCGGCCGCAGGCGGUGCACAGUCUGUCGGGCGCACCCCGGGCCAGCAGGGCCCAGAGUACCCGGCGUCUUCCACCUUCUAGUCCCUUAAGAGGUGCCUGGUUUUGGUAAAAGGGGGAACUGGGUUCUGUGCAGGCAGCAGGGAAACUAUGGUCCCAUUUCCUAUGGGAGCAGCGAGAGCUUCUGGGCAAGAGGCUGCCUGACCGGCUUUAUGAGAAGGUGGCCGCCCCCAGAGUGACCCAAGUGGGUGUCGAGCGGUGUCGGGUCUCCAAAAUAUCUCCUCCCCAUCCCGCUCCCAUCCCCUGCCAUCUACCUGCGACGCCUGGGUCCCAUCGUUAGGCACCUCUGUCCUUGGAUUUGGAAAUGUUUUCAUCUUUACCCGCCCCGCACACUGACGAUAGCUGUACCCCCGGGCGGCUAACGCACGGCCAGCUGAGACGCGGGGUGCAGGCGGUGGCGGCGGGCAGCCCACGCCACGGAUUUGUCUCCUCUUUUCUCCCCUGGAGCCAGCCCUUCAAGAGCAUAGCAGAGUGUGAGUUGGGAAUACUUAGUCAAUAAGACUCUAACUUUACACAAGCUACACAUUUUCUACUUUUCAGAAACCAACAAGUUUCUCUAGAAUUUUUUCUGCGUUCCCUAAAAUUGGACGGUAGCCAGGAUAUAAAGCAAGUCAUUUGGAACCUGUCAAGUGUGCACUAAAGCUACUUUAUCAUGAGAUGGAUUGAGAAGGCUCCACCCCGCGGGAGUCCGGUGAAGGCCGGGACCGCAGAGGCGCAAAGUCCAGCAUUCGGCCACCCGUGGGCCUCCUUUCGGCCUCAGAGAACCGGGGCAGCGGAGCGAUUAAGGGAAAUGUAGAAUUGUGGUCACUUCUAAGAAAAGAGGAAAAGAUCCUUUGUCCCGUUUAGAGAGACCGGGGCCCUACCAUUAGACGUGCUUUAGAAAGCAACCCGAAGAACAGUUACCACAUUCAGAACGAGCGGGAACUGCCGCCUGGUAUGUUGUGAGCCAUUUCUACGAAAGUGCAUGUAGAGAAUAAUUAGUUUACACACUGUGCCAUCUCACUCUCGGAAAAUAAAGUUGAGUUGGCUGAGAGCUCUCUGCUCUUAUCAGAACAUCCGGACCACUGGUCAUUUGACAAACAGUAUCUCUGAGCGCAAGUUCCCAGGAGCGUUUCUACCUGUGUGUUCAAAGGCAUUUAUCGUGAGCAGUGAUCGUUACAGCGUCACAGCAGAAGAUGCUGACUGACUUACCUGCAGGGUCUUAAUGUUCUUUUGUCCCAACAAACAGCCCUUAGGUCCAUAAAGUCAAAGCACUUCAUCAGUAUAUUUGGCACACAUGACAACAUUUCUUUGGCCCUGAGCCCAACACAGUUUGUACUUCAUGAAAUAUAUUGUACAUUUUACAUAGUUUAAUUUAAAAAAUACAUUUUAAGCUGGUUGAUCUUUGACUGCCUUAUUUAUUAUAACCUUUCAGCACAUUCCAAGGUUUUAGUUACUCAGGAAGGAGUUAAUUAAAAUGAUUUUAUUUUGGUCUGAUGGAUGUUUUUUAAAAGGAAAAUUAUUAUUAUGAACCUUCAGCCUACUUUCCUUGAGUGCCGUAAAAGUGCUUGUAAAUCUUUUUUUUUUUUUUUUUUUAAAGAAGAAUGAAAAAAAUGGUGUUUGACAUUGAUGGAAACUGAAAAAUAUAUAUGGAACAGAAACAGGAGCUGAGCUGAAAUAAAAGCAAUCUGUGUUUGAGAUGAAGUGUUCCUUAAGUUAUUCAUUACCCAUGUAAAUAAGUGAAUAUAAAUAAGUUGAAAUUUUUUCCGUUCUGUGGAUAUCUGGAAUAAAAGUGCCUGCCGUUCCUCA